AUGACGAAAGCUCGGCUCAAUCCCAUCUUGGCACAAAACCAGCCACCACCAGUAAUUGAAGAGGUACCACAUCUAAACACCAUUCAGCUUCUAAAUGUGGUACAAGUGAAGGCCACAUAGGAGGCUCUUAGGAAACUACUCUUUGUAGAGGCGAUUAUCAACUCCACUUCGACAAAGGCAUUAGUAGACUCAAGGGUCACUCAUAACUUUUUAUCAGAGAAAGAAGCCCACCGCCUUGGGUUGAGCUUGGUCCGCACUAACAACAAGAUCAAGGCUAUCAACUCUGAAGCCCAAACCUCGGUCGAACUGGCCCAACACGUGAAGACACAGAUGGGCACAUGA